GGAAGUGCUACAAUGCGUUCCGGUAUCAUUAACCUCAUGAACACUAUCUUGGGAGCUGGUCUUCUUAGUGUGCCCUAUGCCAUCAAAUGCGAUGGUGUUUUAUUGGGAAUAUUGUUCGUUUUGUUUUCAGCGUUCACCUCUGGUCUUGGUUUAUACCUAUUGGCGAUAUCAGCUUCAUAUACGAUUCCAGGGCAUGCUUCAUUUUUCUCUUUGUCGAAGCUAACGGUUCCCCAGCUUGGGAUUGUUUUCGACCUUGCGAUUGCCAUCAAAUGUUUUGGUGUAGCAUGCUCCUAUUUGAUUGUGGUAGGGGAUCUCAUGCCUCAAAUCGUAGACUCGAUUUGCCCUGACCGUACACUUCAAAAUCACCCGUGGCUAAUAAGCCGAACAUUGUGGAUCACCCUAUUUCUGGCCACCAUAUUACCGCUUGUCUACAAAAGAAAAUUGGAUUCCCUCAAGACCGCAUCGCUUGUUGCUCUUUCUUCAGUGGGGUACUUGGUGAUAUUAAUCGUGGUCCAUUUUUUGCACCUAUGGAGUGGAGGAAAGGAAGAUAUUGUCAAAGGACCUGUUCAUUUGCUGAAGCCAAACUCAGUGGUUGCGGUUCUGUCUUCAUUUCCGAUCCUUGUGUUUGGGUUUACCUGCCAUCAAAAUCAACUAGGGAUUAUUAACGAGCUUCACGACAGAUCGUUGGCAAGUGUCACGAAAAUGAAUGUUAUUUCAAUUGGGUCAGCUUGUGCUCUCUACAUCAUUGUUGGUCUUUCUGGUUAUCUUACUUUUGGCGACACCGUCUCUGGGAAUAUUAUUGCCAUGUACCCAAAUUCAAUUUCAUCAACAAUUGGAAGGAUUGCCAUUGUGAUUCUGGUCACUCUAAGCUACCCCUUGCAAUCAAAUCCGGCUAGGGCAUCUAUAAAUCACGUCGCGUAUUACAUUAAUGAGUCAAAUCUAGCAGAUUCCAUACGAUCUCUCUCAAGAUCAACAACUAGCUCGACGCUCAUGACCACUGAAGAGCGUCGAAUUUUGAUAUCUCAGGCUCCACCUCUUAAUGGGACUACUCUUUUCGAUGAUUCUUUUGCCGACGACGAGGAAAAUGAAGGUGUCCAUUAUGUGGAACUUACAAACACAAAACUAGUGGUGAUCACAACUAUUAUCGUCGUGUCAUCCUACAUUGUUGCCAUCACAGUGAAGUCGCUUGCUCAUGUGCUAGCAAUUGUGGGUUCUACAGGUUCGACAUCCAUCUCAUUUAUCCUGCCAGGAUUUUUUGCAUACAAAUUGAUAGGAGAUGGUAGCGCAUCACUUUCUACCAAGGAAUGGAUUCUAAAAUACGCUGGAUUGUUGUUGCUUAUAUGGGGCUUCAUCGUGAUGACAAUCUGCUUGUCUGCUACUCUUUUCUUGGGUGCGACUCAUUGA